AAAUAGGUACUGCAUGAUGGGGCAAAGGAGUUGGCUCAAAACGAUCUUAAUUCUGCAAAGUAUGUUAUAUCCGAUGAGAGCAAGGACAUUGGUGAAAAACUUUCAGAAAUUGGAAGCAGGCUGGAUUAUCCUCAUCUCACUAAGGAUCUUGCAAAGGAAAUAGAGACUCUAUGGGAGGAUGCUGCCAUUCAGGAAACAUAUGCCCGUGGUAAUGAACUCCAAGUUCCUGAUUGUACCAAAUAUUUCAUGGAAAAUUUGCAGAGGUUGUCUGAUGCUAAUUACGUUCCUACAAAGGAGGAUGUUUUGUAUGCAAGAGUUCGUACAACUGGUGUUGUGGAGAUCCAGUUCAGGUGAACAUGCAGAGAUGACAUGAUUUUUUUCUACUCAAAUGUUGGCUGUUGAGAAACAUGUCUUGGAAUCUGGAUCUAUUGAUACUGUUGGCACUGUUGGUAUCCUUGAACUGCAUCCUGGAGCAAUCAAUAGUAUCCCUAGCAAAUCGCACAUAGAAAUUGAUACUAGGGACAUCGAUGAGGAAAGAAGAAACCAAGUUAUUGACAAAAUCCAUGAAACAGCAAUUAGAAUAACCAAAACACGAGGUGUCAAGCUCUCCGAGUUUCAUGUCAUCAAUCAGGAUCCACCGGCUCCAUCUGAUGAAGCAGUCAUCAAUGCAAUGGAAACUGCAACAAAAGAGCUAAACUUGACGAGCAAGUUAAUGAUUAGUCGAGCCUAUCACGACUCUUUGUUCAUGGCCAGGGUGUCUCCAAUGGGCAUGAUCUUCAUUCCAUGCUACAAAGGAUACAGCCAUAAGCCUGAAGAAUUUUCCAGUAUUGAAGACAUGUCAAAUGGUGUAAAAGUAUUGGCUUUCACCUUAGCCAAAUUGUCCCUUCAGUCAACUGUUUGAUAUACUUUCAAAAGUUCUCUUGUUUCUCAUGUAUUUUGAG